AUGUCCUACAUCUGUAAGCCAAUCAGCGACGCCGUGACUUUGGGAAACGGACUAGAGGAUUUCCAAGAUGGUGCUCGAAAGUACUAUGGUCUGCUAGUAAAGUUGGCAAAGCGGUUGAAAAAAGAAAAGGUCAAUGUCGAUGUGAUAAAUUUUGGAGAAGAGGAAGUGAACACAGAGAAACUGACUGCAUUUGUGAACACUCUGAAUGGAAAGGAGGGCACAGGUUCUCAUCUGGUCACAGUGCCCCCUGGGCCCAGCCUGGCUGAUGCCCUUCUGUCUUCUCCCAUCUUAGCUGGUGAGGGUGGUACCGUGAUGGGUGCAAGUGACUUUGAGUUUGGAGUGGACCCCAGUGCAGACCCAGAACUGGCCCUGGCUCUGCGUGUAUCUAUGGAGGAACAAAGGCAGAGGCAGGAAGAGGAGACUCGAAGGGCGGCCGCCCAAUCAGCAGCUGAGGCUGGCAUUCCCACCUCAACCGCUGACGAAUCAGAAGAAGCUCUUCUGAAGAUGUCUGCCUCUCAGCCUGAGAGCGGUGUGGCAGCACUGCCAGACUUCAGCAGCAUGACAGAAGAAGAGCAGAUAGCCUAUGCAAUGCAGAUGUCCCUGGCAGGUGGAGAAUUCGGAGAAUCAAUGGAUACGGGAGCUCCAAUGGACACUGCGGAAUCUAAGGAAGAGGAUGAUUAUGAUGUAAUGCAGGACCCAGAAUUCCUCCAGAGUGUCCUGGAGAAUCUACCUGGUGUUGAUCCCAACAAUGAGGCCAUCCGUAAUGCCAUGGGCUCCCUAGCCUCUCAGAGUGGUAACAAACAAGAGGGGAAAAAAGAUGAUGAGAAGAAGAAAUAAAUUAAAGUGUCCUGUGAUUGAUGUACAAGCCGUUUGACAUGUGAAAUGAGUUCAUUCAAGAAGUGGCUAUCCGAAGUCCUUAUAAAAGCAGUUUUAGAUGAAUAUGGAUUUGCUAAGACAUUCACUACCAAAUUACUGCAAUGUUGUGUGGUACCUCAAAAAUUCACACAUAGCUUGCUAAUAAUCUUUUUCCCCUUCUGUUCUGUGCACAAUUGAUUGAAUAUUUGAUAAAACCAUCUGAAUGGUUUCUGCUUUUCCUAUUGCCAUUAAAACACAUGACAUCUGGUCACAAGCCUUACAGUUUGUUAUUUUGCUUAAAAACACAUUUUACCUGGGUUUGUCAGUAGGAUUUUUGAAAAUAAAAAUUACACAUG